AUGAAAAAAAUAGAACAAGAAGCAUCUUUUGAACUACCAAGAAAAAUUUUAGCUGGUCUUCUGAACAAGGGACAAUUUUUCCAAGAUAUUUUUGCUGAGCAACCAACACCGAAUAAGAUUCAAUUCGGACACGUUUGCGAGAAUCCACGGGAGUGGGAACAACGCUUUGAGGAGAGAGAUUUGGAAACUAACCGUCAUCAGGGAAAAGUGAGAUGGGGCGAUCAAAACGGAGCCUACGGAGAACAUUACUGGGAUUUAAAUCACGCAGGUGUUAAUGAUGAAGAACAUGAAGAAAGAUAA